UGCUCGACGUCGACGGUCGAAUCGCGGUUUCGCUUUUGCACUUCGCAGUUCGAGACUCGAGUUUGAAACUAUCGGUGUAGAGAGUGAUUACGAAGCGUGAUCAAUCAGCUGUUGAUUUUAAAUUGUCGUGUUAACUGCCAAAUUUUCUACCUGUAAAUACUAAAUAAUCUUCAAAAUUUUCAGUUUUAUUAUACUGUGUUUAAUCUAUCUACUUCGACUUCACAAAACACUUUCUUUUCGCUGAUUCUCUUGUAUUGUUAUCAUUUUGUGUUAUCAUUAAUUUCGAUCCUUCGCGUCUGCUUAAAUUGUGUUGGAAGUCGUAUUUCGUUUCUAUUUUGCUGGACAGAACUCAGCAAUGAUUAUAAUGACAACUGUCUGAGAUUGUACCAGCAUGAUUGGCGUAGUAGCAGCGAAUGGGUGAAGAUGAAGUGACCAAGGCCUAAACAAUGUAGCAGCCGUAAUUUACCAUUGUUUCAAUCGUGCCGCGAGAAAAUACAUAGUCGUAACGCUGGAUCGUUAUACGAUCGUGAAUUUGGCGGAUUUGGUAUUGAAGCAUUUUGGCAAGUAUGGCUGCAGCUUCGUAUCAACAUCAGCAUCAUUCUUAUCGACCGCUGAAAAUAGUAAACCGAGAUGACGACAGCUUUAUGCGAAUCAAGUCGCAACUUUUUGCCAAACGCAAAAGUGCCGUUGAAUUGUUACAAGAAACGAAACCACUUUACGUAAAAUCGGAGAUCGUAUUAGACAGAAAACAAGAAUUGCGCAGAAGUUUACGCGGUUACCAGUUACCUAACGAAGAUGAAGAAGUUACGAAUAGUAGUUAUUCAAACGGUACCCCUGGUACCAAACUGAAUAAUAGUUCUCCGCCAAAUUAUAAUUAUGCUGGUCACAAUAAUCAUUCUCCUACCAAUAACGGUAACGCUGCAGUGCCAUUCCCUAUACCGAAAAGUCCACGUUUAAUUCCACCUCCUCCGGCGUUUCGUAAAUCAACAAAUUCUCUACAACUGCAAAAUAAACUGAGGAAACUUUUAAAUGCUGAUUCCAAAGAGAACCUUCUCGAGACAAAUUCUAUGAUCGACGAAUGUGAUAAAAAUAAUGUAACCGAAUCCGAGACGGUAGAAUUUCAUAAUAAUAGCUAUACGAGUCAGAUUAACCCAAUUUGUCAUAAAUCAUUACCAGAUUUAUCAAACGUGCAUGAUUUAUCUUCAUCGAUUGAGCGAUGCGAUCACGCCAGCUAUGGGUUUACCUCGUGCUCGGUUAGUUCUGAUGGAGUUUGUAAGAAAUCCACACAUACGGAUUGCGUAAGCUUGGCUUCCUGUAAAAAUGAUUAUUUGUACGCUUCGGCUGAUUGUUGCGAGAGUCAGAAUGAUUUUAAUUUGGAAGAUGAUGCGGUUUGUGGUCAACGAGGAGAUUCGUCGCAAUCUUCUCCGGUCAAGUCGUGCACUAGUUUCAUCACACCCCCUCCGUUGUAUUGUGAUAACGAUGAAUCGAGUAAAAAUCGUCCAGUUCUGCGAAGCAAAUCGGACGUCGGUGCUCGAACAUUAUCUAGUCUUCAACUUACAAACUUACCACUGUAUGAUUCGUCCAAUUUAAAUAUGUUCUUCGAUAACUUAGGUUUGGAGUCGGACGAAUACAACUCAUUAACUGCUCCCCGUUCCAAUGCUUCCUCUCCGGUGUACUUUGACAGCGACAGCUCCGUAAUAUCGACUAGUGAAUGCGCAAGUGAGGGAGAAAAACCUUCUACAAGUCAUACAGCUGGACUUCCUUCAAUAGUAGAGCGAAAUGCGAGAAUCAUCAAGUGGCUGUGUACCUGUAGGAAAGCCUUGGAACAAAUACCUCGCUCUAAUGUUCCUCAAUCCAGAUGAAAUUUCGUUUCCAAUAACAAUUUACGGAUGUUCCAAGAAAUAUAUCUACUCACUAUGUGUUAACCAUGUAUUCUCAAUUCGUAACAGAAUUGGUAUCUGAUUUUGCCGUUGGCGUGUAAUUUAGAGAAGUAAUUCGUACUUAACUUGAUUUUAUGUUUUAUGUCCCCCCCCCCCCUUCGAGUAACUUGUGUUAAUUUAUAAUGUAUUAUAAUCCACGUUACGUAAUAUUCGUAUUUUGAAGAGGUGGAACAUUGAUUGUGAUUAAAAUGAGUAAUUUUUCGGUUGAAUUGUUGAAAGUUGAAGCGUAACGCAUUUUUCAAAAACUUCUGUGAUUAGUGUUUGUGUUUUUGACCAAAGAUUUUUGUUAUAGGUUAAGAGUAAUCUGAAAUUUCCUUUCAUACCUCCGUCUUUUUGUUUUUGUUUAUUUUAUUUUUGUAAAUAGGUAUUUUUAAUUCGAAGAAGGUGCUUUUUUCCAUUUUUUUUAUAGAGAACAAUUGUAGCCGUAACAUUUCUUUUUUCAAACGUUGAAUCAAAUAUGAGAAAUCGAUGAAUGUACCUCGGUUUUAGUAUCAAUGUAUCAUAAUGACAAAAUUAUUCCAUUGUCGAAAAACGUCAAUGUUUAAAAUGCAUCACAGUUGUUCGAUUCUUAUAUGUCAUUUUCUGUUAACGUGUUCCUAAUACAUAUUUUAUUCCUUACGGAAUUUUGACAUUAAGCAAUGGAAAAUUAAUUUGAAAUGAACAACUUUUUUUUGUUGAAUCUACUUAACCAUAAGUGAUUGCAAAAAUCCUAAUAAUAUUUAGAUUAGUAUGAUACACAACUGGGAGUGACAUUUUUUUGUGAGUUAGAUACCUAGGUAUAUUACGUAGUCUUUAUUAUUAGGAUAUAUCAAGAUUUUGUAGUUGUCGAAUAAUUACUUCAUGUACUUGAUUGUUUUUUAUUACCGCGUAAACCAUGUAUUAAAUUAUUAUAAGUUAUUUUUCCAUCAAGCGAAUUGUACCUUCACAUUGUUAUCAUGAUUUUCUCCGUUGAAUGUUAUUUUUAGUUACUUUACUGUGUGUAGUUUUUUUUAGCUUUACAAGCUGCUUUGAUGUUUUGUUUUUUAAUUAAAUUUUGCUUUCGAAA